UCUCCGGUGCGCACGGAUCUGCAGAGCUGAGCGUUGGAGCCGGUACUGCUUCUAUCAGACAAACCCACCGGGAAUGGAAAUGUCUUCUACUGCAACUCUGACAUCUUAGAAAAAAACAUGCCUAGCAGAACCAAGGCAAAGGGCGCUUUAAUCAGUCUGGUGGCAGAUGUGGCUGAGGAUCAGGGGAUGAGGUUAUAAAAACGACAACGGAGUAAAAAGGAUAAAAGGAAGAGGGAGUUCUUGAAAGCUCUUGUAUCAUCAUACCCUACUGCGACUACUGACUGACCCUACAGAGGAUUAACCGCUCAAAAAUACACAUCAACACCCACACCACCCCCCCCUUUACCACCAUGUCCUCCCACCUUAACCCUCCCUCUCUCAUCCUCCCCACCCUCCUCCUCUUCCUCCUUUCCUUUUCCAUACCGUCUACCUCUUCCCUUCUCUCCUUCUCCCCACCGGAAGGAGGGCUCACACAUUUGGUGGUCCACAACAAAACCGGUGAAGUUUACCUCGGCGCUGUUAACUGGAUCUACAAGUUGUCUAGCAACCUCACCAAACUACGAAGCCAUGUUACCGGACCUGUCACAGACAACCCUCGGUGUUACCCUCCACCUGGCGUCCAGUCCUGUCCCCACGAGCUGGUACAGACCUCUAAUGUCAAUAAACUCUUGCUACUUGACGCUGCCCACAACCGUUUAAUCGCCUGCGGGAGUACUUCCCAGGGAAUAUGCCAGUUCUUGCGUUUGGAUGAUCUGUUCAAGCUUGGCGAGCCCCACCACCGUAAAGAGCAUUAUCUAUCCAGUGUUGCUGAGGCAGGCACCAUGUCAGGUGUCGUGAUACCCCCGGAUCUUUUUGGCGGUGGUGGGAAACUUUUUGUUGGUACACCCAUUGAUGGCAAAUCUGAGUACUUCCCGACCUUAUCAAGCCGAAAGUUAAUGUCCAACGAGGAGAACGCUGACAUGUUCAGCUUCGUCUAUCAAGAUGAGUUUGUGUCGUCGCAACUUAAGAUUCCCUCAGAUACGUUGUCCAAGUUCCCGGCGUUUGACAUCUACUACAUCUAUGGCUUCAACAGUGAGCAGUUUGUGUAUUAUCUCACCCUUCAACUUGAUACCCAACUCACCUCACCAGAUGCCAGUAGCGAACAGUUCUUCACUUCCAAAAUUGUCCGGCUAUGUGUUGACGAUCCGAAGUUCUACUCCUAUGUGGAGUUCCCUAUUGGUUGCACCAAGGACGGGGUGGAGUAUCGCUUGGUUCAGGAUGCUUAUCUGGCCCGGCCUGGGAUCCGCUUGGCCCGUUCUCUCGGUAUUCAGGAGCAUGAGGAGGUUCUGUUUACUGUAUUCGCCCAGGGUCAAAAAAAUAGAGCCAAGCCGCCCAAAGAGUCGGCUUUGUGUCUGUUCACAAUGAGGAGGAUAAAAGAGAAGAUUAAAGAGAGGAUUCAGUCGUGCUACAGAGGAGAAGGGAAGCUCUCUCUGCCCUGGCUGCUCAACAAGGAGCUGGCCUGCAUCAACUCGCCGUUGCAGAUAGACGACAACUUCUGCGGCCAGGAUUUCAACCAGCCUCUAGGGGGCACCACGGCCAUCGAGGGCAUCCCGCUUUACGUGGACAAGGAAGACGGCAUGACCUCGGUGGCGGCGUACGACUACCGUGGGCAUACGGUGGCGUUCGCCGGAACUCGGAGUGGACGUAUGAGGAAGAUCUUGGUGAACUCCAUUACCCAGCCUGCUUUGCUGUAUGAGAACGUGGCGGUGAGCGACGGCAGCCCGAUCCUCAGAGAUCUGCUCUUCAGUCCAGAUCAUCAGUACUUAUACGCCCUCACUGAUAAACAGGUCAGCCGUGUGCCGGUGGAGAGCUGUGAGCAGUACACAUCCUGUGGAGCCUGUCUGGGAUCUGGAGACCCCCACUGUGGGUGGUGCGUCCUCCAUAAUGUAUGUUCAAGGAAGGAUCGGUGUGAACGAGCCGAGGAGCCUCAACGCUUCACAACCAGAGUGGAACAGUGUGUCCGACUAUCCGUCCUACCGCACAACGUCUCUGUUACCAUGUCAGAAGUCCAGUUGGUGCUGCAGGCGCAGAAUGUGCCCAGUUUAUCUGCUGGAGUCAACUGUUCAUUCGAGGACUAUGUAGAGACAGAAGGACGCAUCUACGGUGGACGGAUCUUCUGUCUGUCUCCAGCGACUAAAGAUGUGACACCGAUCACACGUGACCAAGGUGACCAGCGUGUAAUAAAGCUUUACCUGAAGUCCAAGGAGACCGGGAAGAAAUUUGCCAGCGUGGACUUUGUUUUCUACAACUGCAGCGUCCACCAGUCGUGCCUUUCCUGUGUGAACGGAAACUUCCCGUGUCAUUGGUGCAAAUAUCGCCACAUGUGCACUCAGGACGCUAGCGACUGCUCCUUCCAGGAGGGACGAGUCAACACCUCUGAGGAGUGUCCUCAGAUCCUGCCGUCCACACAGAUCUAUAUCCCUGCUGGAGUGAUGCGACCCAUCACCCUGUUGGCCCAGAACCUGCCCCAGCCCCAGUCUGGACAACGCAACUACGAGUGUAUCUUCCACAUCCAGGGCAACACACACAGCGUUCCAGCUCUGAGGUUCAACAGCACCAGCAUCCAGUGUCAGAAAACCAUGUACGACUACGAGGGCGGUGACAUCAGUGACCUUCCCGUCGACCUCUCCGUGGUGUGGAAUGGAAACUUUGUCAUCGACAACCCGUUCAGCAUUCAAGCCCACCUCUACAAGUGUCGGGCAUUGCGGGACAGCUGUGGGAUGUGCCUGAAGGCCGACCCCCGGUUCGAGUGUGGUUGGUGCGUCCAGGACAGGAAGUGUUCCCUGAGGCAGGAGUGUACGAGCGGAGGAAACGCCCACCUUUCGCUGCAGCUUCCUGAUUCUGCAGGGUGGAUGCACGCCUCCUCUGGAAACAGCCGCUGCACCCACCCCAAGAUUACUAAAUUGUUUCCUGAGACCGGGCCUCGUCAGGGGGGAACCAGGGUGACCAUCCUGGGGGAGAACCUGGGUCUGCAGUUCAGAGACAUCCAGAUGGGCGUCCGACUGGGGAAGGUGCCCUGUGUGCCCAUUGAAGAGGAGUACGUCAGCGCAGAGAGAAUAGUGUGUCUGCUAAACGAUGCGACUGGAUACAGAGUCCAAGAGGCUCAGGUGGAAGUCUGCGUGAGGGACUGUGUCAACGACUACAGAGCUCUGUCGCCGAGGCCCUUCACCUUUGUGGUAAGAACCAGCAGGAUGGAGCUUCAACCUCCGUUCUUUACUCGUAUCCAGCCGUCUCAGGGGCCCAUUUCCGGCGGGACCCGAGUCACCAUCGAGGGAAGUUACCUGAACGCCGGCAGCUACGUGUCUGUCAGCAUAGGACCACAGCCGUGCUACUUCAAAAAGAGAAACGCCCGAGAGAUCGUGUGUACUCCAGCUGGACUGAGCCCAGGCAGCGCAUCAGUGUUGGUGGACAUCGAUGACGCUGAGCUCAGAAACCCUGAGGUCAAGUUUAACUACACAGAGGACCCCACUGUCCUACGGAUUGAACCCGACUGGAGCAUCGCCAGCGGUGGAACUCUGCUGACAGUGAGUGGAACCAACCUGGCAACCAUCCGAGAACCGAAGAUCAGGGCCAAGUACGGACAGGCGGAAUCCUUCCACAACUGCACAGUUUAUAACAACUCAGUCAUGGUGUGCCUGGCCCCGUCGGUGGCAGAUUCAGAACUGGGCUUUUCUGAGACCGGCACCGGACCAGAUGAGAUCGGGUUCUACAUGGACAACGUCAACGCUCUGGUGGUCGUCAACGAGACGUUCAGCUACUACCCCGACCCAGUGUUCGAACCGCUGAGUCCCUCUGGGAUCCUGGAGCUCAAACCCACAUCGCCCCUCAUCCUCAAGGGUCGUAACCUGAUUCCGGCAGCUCCGGGUAACAGUCGUCUCAACUACACUGUGCUGAUCGGAGAAACUCCGUGCGUGCUCACCUUGUCCGAGUCCCAGCUGCUGUGUGAAUGGCCCAACCUCACCGGACAACACAAAGUCACGAUCCGUGCAGGAGGCUUCGAGUACUCUCCCGGGACUCUUCACAUCUACUCGGACAGCCUGCUGACCCUUCCGGCGAUCAUCGGUAUCGGAGGGGGCGGCGGCUUGCUCCUAUUGGUCAUCAUUGCCGUGCUCAUUGCCUAUAAAAGGAAAUCGAGGGACGCUGACCGUACCCUGAAACGUCUCCAGUUGCAGAUGGACAACCUGGAGUCCAGAGUGGCGCUGGAGUGUAAAGAAGCUUUUGCUGAGCUCCAGACCGACAUCCAUGAGCUAACCCAGGAGUUAGACGGAGCCGGGAUUCCCUUCUUGGAUUAUCGCACUUACGCCAUGAGGGUCCUGUUCCCGGGCAUCGAGGACCACCCUGUGCUCAAGGAGAUGGAGGUCCAGGCUAAUGUUGAAAAGGCUCUGACAUUGUUCGGCCAGCUGCUGACCAAGAAACACUUCCUGUUGACGUUUAUCCGAACCCUGGAGGCUCAAAGAUCCUUCUCCAUGCGGGAUCGAGGCAACGUGGCCUCUCUGAUCAUGACAGCCCUGCAGGGGGAGAUGGAGUACGCCACCGGGGUCCUCAAGCAGCUGCUGUCGGACCUGAUUGACAGAAACCUGGAGAGUAAAAACCACCCAAAGCUGCUGCUCAGGAGAACGGAGUCUGUUGCAGAGAAGAUGCUGACCAAUUGGUUUACGUUCCUCCUGUACAAAUUCCUCAAGGAAUGUGCCGGGGAGCCUCUGUUCAUGCUUUACUGUGCCAUCAAACAGCAGAUGGAGAAGGGACCCAUCGACGCCAUCACGGGGGAGGCCCGAUACUCCCUCAGCGAGGACAAACUCAUCAGGCAACAGAUUGACUACAAAACCCUGACGCUUCACUGCGUAAACCCUGAGAAUGAGAAUGCCCCCGAGGUGACGGUUAAGAGUCUGAACUGCGACACCAUCACUCAGGUCAAAGAGAAGCUGCUCGAUGCUGUUUACAAGGGAAGCCCCUACUCACAAAGGCCCAAGGCUUCAGACAUGGACCUGGAAUGGCGUCAAGGUCGGAUGGCCAGGAUCAUUUUGCAGGAUGAAGACGUCACGACCAAGAUAGACAACGACUGGAAACGACUCAAUACGCUGGCGCACUAUCAGGUAACGGACGGGUCGGUGAUCGCCCUGGUGCCAAAGCAGAACUCUGCGUAUAACAUCUCCAACUCCUCCACCUUCACCAAGAGCCUCAGCAGAUACGAGAGUAUGCUCAGAACAGCCAGCAGUCCAGACAGCCUUCGGUCCCGGACACCCAUGAUCACCCCCGACCUGGAGAGUGGAACGAAACUGUGGCAUCUGGUGAAAAACCACGACCACUCGGAUCAGCGGGAAGGAGACCGAGGCAGCAAGAUGGUGUCAGAGAUCUACCUGACCAGGCUGCUCGCUACAAAAGGUACGUUACAGAAGUUUGUGGACGACCUGUUCGAGACCAUCUUCAGCACCGCCCACCGAGGCAGCGCCCUCCCCCUGGCCAUCAAAUACAUGUUCGACUUCCUGGACGAACAGGCCGACAAACACUCCAUCACAGACUACGACGUGAGACACACCUGGAAGAGCAACUGCCUCCCUCUGCGAUUCUGGGUGAACGUGAUCAAGAACCCACAGUUUGUGUUCGACAUCCAUAAGAACAGCAUCACAGACGCCUGUUUGUCCGUGGUGGCUCAAACCUUCAUGGACUCCUGUUCGACGUCAGAACACAAACUAGGAAAAGACUCCCCUUCCAACAAGCUCCUCUACGCUAAAGACAUCCCCAACUACAAGAACUGGGUGGAGAGGUAUUACUCGGACAUCUCCCGUAUGCCAGCCAUCAGUGAUCAGGACAUGAGCGCCUACCUGGCAGAGCAGUCGCGGCUGCACCUCAGUCAGUUCAACAGCAUGUCUGCGCUGCACGAGAUCUACUCUUACAUCAUCAAAUAUAAAGACGAGAUCCUGUCGGCGUUACAGAAGGAUGAACAGUCGCGUCGACAGCGACUACGUGGAAAACUGGAGCAGGUCAUAGACACCAUGGCCCUCGCCAGCUGAGGACCGGCCAAUCACAACACACGCCUCGGCGAGCUGAGAAGCGGCCAAACCAACACGCCUUCCCUCCCCGACAACCUUUAGACGCCCGUGACAUUUUCGACCCAUGAAGUCUGUCGUUCAACACCUCACAAACAACAACCAACAGAAACAGAAGAUCCGUGUGAAGAGACUGCGAGGGCGUCGUCCCCGGCAACAGCAGCACAUGGACAGACAGCAGAGGGUAGACCUAAAGCCCCGGCCCUGCCCACUUUCUUUCUUUGGUAUUGUUUUUUUUUUUUUUUUUUCUGAGCUGCCAACCUAGCUCUAAACAACCAAAUGGAGCUCCCCCCCUUCCCCCCCCAGCCUCAGUGGACCAUGGACCUCAGCUCAGGAGAGCCUUUCUAUUCAUCUCAUCCUACGGGAGCACCAGUUGGUACCCAUCCAUCAGGACCAGGUCACAUAUAGUCUGUGGUGACCAGAAACUCACCUCGCUGGAUACAAAGCUGAAGGUUUGAAGCCACCGGUAGCUCUUCCACAGCCAAGGCUACGGCUCAGACUGGGAGCCAAUUCAAUCCAGGAUGUUUGAUCCCUGUAGUGGAGUUUCACUUUUCUGUCGCCGUCAGGGACAGCGAUGGACCAGCAGCCGUGCAGCUGGGUGGGGUUGGAUGUAUUGCUCAAAGACACUCGGGCAGGGUGGACACAUGGGCUGCUACCACUGGGAGGAAGAACUAUUCAGGGAAACUCCUCCUCCAGUUCUGACAGAAGCCCCUCUUCUAUCUGCAGAAACUCCCCUGCAGAACACUUUCCGUUCCAUAACUCUGCUAUUGAGUUGUUACCGCGUUCGAUUCCACAUUUCGUUUCCCGACUGCCUACUCUCCCCCAGUGCUGUGCCACUUGUGUUACUGCUGAAUUUGCACAACAAAGCUGAAUCAAAAGAGAGAAGAGGAUAUAUGAAUAUAUAUAUAUAGAUAUAUAAAUACAAACUUCUGUUUUUAAAACAAAUGAAAAGUCGAAAAAAAGAUUUUUUUUUCCAUUUAAUGUAUAAAAGAUAAGUUUGAGAAGAGGAUUUGAUAAGAUGAAAAAUUAUGAAAACACAAGGAAAAAGUCGUCCUGUGCCAUGUUUUACUUUGAAUGUUGUUUAGUGCAAAGAGACUUCUUUUCAUUAGAUGAAAUGUGCUAUGAUGAAAAUGUUGUCAUGCUUAGUGACCGAAAGUGAGAGUAUAAAAAUAGGUAAAUGGCAAAAAUAUAUAUAUACAUACAUAUAUAUAUAUAUAUAUAUAUAUAUAUUACAGACACUUUCUAUAUUUCCUGAGGUCUUUGCGGCAGUUCUCGCACUACAUGUCUGGUCCUAAAGGCGAACGUUCUUUAGCAGCUCUGGAACCAACUGACCUUCGACGCUUUUGUGUUUGUUUUAGAGAAAACCAAAUACAUUAAGGCACGGUCAGCUCACUAAUUUAGAUGGAACGCAAGCAAUUUGUGGGAGAGCGUCUCGGCGUCUGCAGAGACACCAGUCAGGGGAGUCGAUUUCUGACACACCAUGCUCUACAACUUUUGAUGUUGUUGCAGAAUUCCCAUGUUCUAUAAGGUGUGUCGUCAUAAAAGAACAAAAAAAUAAUAAUCAAGGCCACUUUUUGGUGUAUGCGGGAGAGUCAACAGUAUUGUCUUAGUUUUGUUUUUGUUUACUCUAAAGUGAAGGUGGUAAAGCUGAAGGUUCCACUUUUGAAAUGUGAAUGUGGUGUAAGAAAAUGAAAUGAAAUGUAGCUUGAUCUAUGUGAGUGUUUUUCGUACCAGUUGAAGGCCUUUCUCUUUUCCGUUCUGUGCUUUUAUGAGGAAAAAAAAAAUGUUAAAAAUGUUUUCUCUUCCUUUUGGUACGUGCUGCUUCAACCUGAAACCUGCAGUGCUUCAUUGUGCUUCAUUAACAAGCCAUUCCUAUCGCAUAAGUGCAAAAAGGGUACAAGGACACUUACUAAGGCCAGAAAAUAUACAGUGAAACAACAGGGAGGAAAGUCAGGUUGUCCAUCCUCUAGUAGUUUGUGUCGUAUUGUAGAGACCAGGCACAUUAGAUGUCAGAUUUAGGAAACAGAUUUUUUAAAAAGUGAUGAGACAGUUAAUAAAAAAUGCAUCAAACACACCUUUCAGAGCAGCUAACAAUGCCUCAAAAACAUCAUUUUCUUCUUCCUUAACCGUGCUUCCCUCAGUUUUCUUUUUUUCCGUGAUAAAAACAACACGAAAUCCAGCUGAGUCCUGAGUUUUCAGUCCAGUUCAGGAACCUUCGGAAGCCGAUCUCAUUU